AUGUUAGCCUACAGAAUGGAGAUUUCAAGAAGAAGAAUUCUGCAAAAGCAUCUAGAACCUGCAAGGCCCCUUCGUCAGUGCUUUCGUAUUAAUAUUGGUGAGUAUUUCUCUGUCGAAGGUAUAGGACAACACCAGAAUAUUAACAUUAUUUAUUAUGCAUCCUCCAUCAUCGCAGAGCCCACAAUCCACCCUGUCACAUGCGCACAAGCACAAGCCAAGAUUGAGGUGGCAAGUCAAGAGCCCUUCAUUGGCAUUGAGCAGUUCUACAAGAUCCUUGACCUUCACAAAAAGAAACAAGAACGGAUUGCUUACUCAAGGGACUUUUUAAUUAGUCUGGCAAAUUGUCCUGCGUCUAGGAAGAGACCAAAGUUCUUACCUGAGCACUCUAUUGUCUUAUCAACUGCAAGAGACCCUGAGUACCUGCAGAUCUCUGACAAAAAUUGGAGUAAAUAUUGAACAGAUGAACUUCAUGCUGUUUUUCAGGAACUUCACCCAAGUCCCCACCCCAAUUUCUUAUCUCUCUUUAUGUAAAAUGUGCAUGUUUAUUUUUAUUUAUCUAAAAACAGUUUGAAGAAGUAGAAAAUAGUCAUGUUUGUUUUGUUUCACCUUAAAACACUGUGUUAAGCCUUUGUUUAUUUUUGUUGAUGUGUGUGCUGUGUGUUUUUCAACAAGGAUGUACCGUGCAUCUUAUAUUCCAAAAAAUUAGGAUAACACAUCUCAGAGAAGACCUCUGUAAUUAGUGGGAAGAACUUAACUUGGAAGUAACUGUAAUGAUGUGGUUAUUUGGAAAGGUAUAAGAUAAACAAAGUGUGUGCUCACA